AUGGGAACGUCGCAUCUACGAACGACGGCAUACCACCCCGCAGCUAAUGGCAUGGUUGAAAGGUUCCACCGUCAACUUAAGGCCGCGAUUAAGUGCCACGAGACGGAGCGAUGGGUGGAAGUUUUACCCAUCGUACUGCUAGGAAUCCGGACGUCCAUUAAAGAAGAUCUGCGAGCGACAACUGCGCAAAUGGUUUACGGUACAACCACCAUCCGCUUGCCAGGAGAGUUUUUCACCCCGUCUAAAAAGACCAAAGAGGUAGAUUACGUAGUGCAACUUCGACGGAACAUCCAAAAGACCAGACCAACACGAAUGGUGAGACACGGUGAAAGAAAGACGUAUAUGUUCAAGGGCUUAGCAGACGCACAAUAUGUGUUUGUACGAAACGACGCCGUCCGCGGCCAGUUGCAGCCACCUUAUGACGGACCUUUCGAGGUACAAAAGCGAUCCACCCACAACUACAUAAUACGUAUUAACGGAAAGGAUCUGCGAAUAAAUACCGAACGUUUAAAACCCGCUCAUACGUUCGUCGAAGACUACAUAGAGCAAAGCAAGGCAGAACGCGAAAGAGAGACACCCGACAACGACGCCGACGACAGCGGCGUACAAUCCAGGGCAGCCGAAAACCAGCUAACACGAACAG